AUGGGACACGGUGACUGCUCGACAUCUCUGAUCAACAUCAACCGCACAUUGGACGGACUGAGUCACCCGGAGGAGCUCAUGAGGUUCGGAUUGCGUUUCAAGAGGUUUCGCGCUCUGAAAGGAUCAAGUCAGCUCAAGUGGAACGCGUCUUCUGUUGAGACAAACCAAUUAGAGCCUCUCCUCCUCUCGGCGCCUGCACCGCCGGCAGGGGCCGGUCUGAUUCGGUCUGUUCUGUGCUUCUCUGCGGCCUUUGCAGGUCGGACGAUACCCGGUCCGCCGGUCCGAACGUCGCUGCCGCCUGCGCCGGCAGUGAACCACCACAAAGAACUCGAGCAGACGAUGAGACUUCUGACGACCCCAGCAAACAACCUCGCAGGAUGGACUCGUCACAUCUUCUCAAGAAACACCCGAAGGGCAUUCACACCCUCGACCCAGCCAGCCCAACUGACCCAUCUUAGCAACAGCCACAUCCCACCCAAGUCAAUUUCAAACCAAAAUCACAGCCCAAAACCUCAGUCAUUCUCAUCUAACUCAAACUUCAACUCUCCAAUCAACAAGAAGAUCAAGUACCCCAGCUUGAAAAAUCACCGGAUCUUACUCGUCAAGAAAUCUAAUGAUGAACGAGCUUCCAGCGCACUCGAUUCAUUAAUCUCGUAUCUUGACCAACAACGCCCUCAAAUUAAGACGAUAGUAGAAGAGGAUCUCCAGACACUCGAAUCACGCAAAGAUAUCGACCUGGUAAUUGCCCUCGGUGGAGAUGGCACAGUACUUCACAUUUCUCAUCUUUUCAAAAAUACUGCCUGUCCCCCCAUUCUGGGAUUCAACUUGGGUACAAUCGGAUUCUUAUUACCCUUCGCUCCCAAUGAUUGGUUUGACGUCAUCAAUCAGGUCUUAAACGGAAAAAUCGGUGUCGAAGAAAGAAUGAGAUUGGAUUGCUUUACUGGCCAAAACGGAAGUGGACUACAAAGCGGAGACACAAAUGCUAUAGCUCAGCGGAAUCUAUCCACAUCAAACUCUUUGGUUGACUUGAGUGCAAUGAACGAAGUCAGCCUCCAUCGCAACGAUUCUCCUCAUAUGGUGGCAAUCAACAUUUCGAUCGAAAAUCGGUUCCUGACGCAGGCUGUCGCCGACGGACUAAUCAUCGCCACCCCCACAGGUUCCACAGCUUAUUCGUGCUCAGCGGGCGGACCAAUUGUCUAUCCAAGCAUGGAAGCCAUGCUGUUGACUCCGAUCUGUCCACGUAGUCUCAGCUUCAGACCGCUCGUAUUGCCCGCUGAUCUCCAUGUCCAACUAGCGUUGGACCCCAAGUCCCGAUCAACCGCCGAACUCAGAGUCGACGGCAUCGCGAUCAAGACUAUCCAGCCCGGCGAAUCAAUCGAGAUCCGGCGCUCAGAGCACCCCAUUCACAUCUUCUCACCUCCAAACUCGAAUGCCUUCGUUCACGACCAUUGGAUUAAUGAUUUGAACAUGAUGUUGAACUUCAAUCGUUCUUAUCAAUCCAAAGAUCCUCGUUAAAAAUGAUUCCUCACAACUCUGUUUCUCUUGCAUCAAACCGUCUCACUCACUUUUCUCCCUCUUGUAGCUUUUCGCUCCCAUCUUGAAAAAAAAAAACUUGACAGCUUUUCUGCUACCGGUCAUGUCUAUGGCUGAACUUGUUUUGAAUGUCCCAUACGUGCAAUCCCCUCAUCUGUUGUACAGUCGACGUUGAUCUUGGCGCAGUAAUAAAAAA